AUGCCUGUAGAUCAAUUAUCUACUGAUUCUGAUCUAGAACGUGAAGAGGCCGCUCAAAGUCAGCUUGACGUAAACUCUGUCACAAGCUAUGAAUCCCCGAAGGACCUUUAUGCAGAAGAGGCAAGCUCCUUUAUUGGUGGAUCUGCGGUUAUUUCAAGAGUGAAUACCCAACGACGGAAAAGCACCGGUGCUAAAUCCCUUUAUGAAGAUGAGGAAGAAAGUAACGAGGGCGAAUCAAGGAAAGAAGACUUCAGUAAUUUAUUGGCAAGUCCCGACCUUGUUGAAUCUAAACCAAAGAAACUAGAUGCGCAGGAAAAAGUAUCAAAAGAUGUCGAGAGUGAUGAAUCUGAGAUAAGUUCAUUUGAUACGAAGCCAUCACAUAAGAUUUUUACCUUCAGUCUUCCAUUCGGGGGUAAAAAUCUUUUGCCAGUAUCUCCAUUGACAUCAAUUAGAGCUUUCUUGUCCAAUGAGCAAAUAAGCAACGAUGGAGUUACUGAACCAACAACCAGCUCAGAUGAUAAAGAAAACAGAAAAUUAGAUAGAAAUCAAAUUAAGUUGAAAUUAAAGCGUCAAGAAUCUAUUACAUCUAUCGAGGAGCGCUUUCUGUUUGCUAAUAAUAAAGGAAUUCAAAACGUAAGAUCAAAAGCAGUGAAACAUGCUCUAAAACCUGAAACCUUAAUAAACGCAAUUAGAAGUUUUUCCAAUAUAGAUCCUGAAGAAAUCACAGAAGAUGGGUAUUCAGUCUCACGGCUUGAAACUGUUUGGGACGAGUUGGAAGGGGAUGUUGUAAUUUUAGGAGGCUAUCGUGGUAGUAUAUUGAGAAAUGCUGAAACUAUGAAACGUGUGUGGAUACCAAUAAAGGCUGGUUUUAAUAUUAGGAAGAUCAACCUUUUAUUAGGCCCAAAAGAAGAUGAUGAACUUCGUGCAACAGAAACCAUAAUUCCCGAUGGUAUGUUGACCCAUAUCGGGCCAAUAGAUGUUGCAAGGAAACUAAUACGACGCUUAAAGAUGAAUCCAAACGUUAAUGUAGAAGACUUUGGAUACGAUUGGAGAUUAUCUUUAGAUAUUACGGCAACACAAUUAAAGGAUAAGCUCCAAGAACUUUAUGAUAAACAAACGAUAAAAAAAGGAACUUUCUUAAUUGCGCACUCGAUGGGUGGUCUUCUGGCACAUAAAGUUUUACAAGAUUAUACGCACUUGAUAAGAGGAAUAAUUUAUGUAGGGGCUCCGAGUCAGUGUCCUAAUAUUUUAGGUCCCUUAAGAUUUGGUGAUGAAGUUAUACUAAACAAAAGCAUAUUGAACGCAGAGAGUAAUUUCUUUAUGAGAAGCAGUUUUUAUUUUUUGCCGCAUGAUGGUAGAUGUUUUAUCAAUAAAGAUACCUAUGAAAGAUAUGAUCUUGAUUUCUUUGAUCCGAAUGUGUGGAAGGAAUACGGUCUUUCUCCGUUAGUAAGUAAAGAAAGAGAAAGCACAUCAAAAAUAGACAAGGUUAAAGACUCCUUAAAGUUGGCAAUCUUAUCACCAGUCAAAAUGAUCAAAUCAUCGAGCAAUCUUUUGAAAGACGAGACUGAAAACGAUUUUAUCACUUCAUUUGAGGACUCUUAUAACUAUCUGAAAAGGAUUCUUCCAAAGACUAAGCGUUUCUUAGAUCAACUAGAACACGAUUCUGAAAAGACAUAUCCGCCGCUAGCAAUAGUAUAUGGUGAUAGGGUUCCGACGGUCAGAGGUGCCAAGGUUAAAAAUCGGGAGGAGAUAAAGAAAGGACUGUAUCAAGACUUUUAUUACGGACCUGGUGACGGUGUUGUACAUCACAAGUGGUUACUUCCAGAAAAAUGCGGCUUUCCUAUUGUAGCAAAGAUAGCUAGCGAAAUGCCACAUGUAAGCCUCAUGACAGACUUUGAAGCUAUCUCUAAAGCCUUCAUUUCCAUAUUGGACGCUGAGCAAACAAAUACGGAGAAAGAACCGUAA